AUGUGGCAUAAUACGAAAACUAGGCCAGUGCGACUAAACUCCAAGGUCCGCCCUUUGCGCACGACCAUUUGUGGCUUUGUUUGUUCUGUCUUGGGCCAGCGCUUACCUUCUACCACGACUCGUCACUCAAGACCCUCCAAGAGCGCCCGUCUUGCGAAUCGUCGUGUAUUGGUCAAGGCCAUACAACUACUUCCCACACAUUCUCCCACGUACAGAGCUCCUCUUUGUCUGCCUCAGCCCCUCACUUGCAUGUCGAUGCCCAGUAAGGCGUGCUACAAAUUACCUCCAGCCAUCCGGGAAUUAUUGCAACAGCGCUUCUCUUCGUCAUUUUGCAUGAAUAUGCUGUGCCCACCCACUCUACACCAUCACCACCACCACCAACUCUACCAGUGCGUAAUCCUACGCUUGUCCCGAUCCGGUACAAAUAUACAAACUACUCGUUUCAUCAGUGGUCAACUACUCUGUCGUCUAGUCCAAGACGAGAUAGCCGAGGUGUGCUUGGGAAGAGUGUUAGGAAUGCCUUGCAUGCUCAUACUGACGCUUACCCCCAUGCUACCGUGA